ACAACAAAGAAGAAAGGGAGAGGAGCAGAGCUGGUGGGAGGAGAAGUGAAGUGAGGGGAGGGGAGGGGAGGGGUGCACUGAGAGGGGAAGGGAGGACAUUGUUUGCCUGUGACUGUGGGCAACGGGAAAGCAUGAGUUAUCAGGGCAUGUGUGAGUGUGUUUGGGGAAGUGUAUUUGUAUGUGAGCAUCUGUGAAUGAGCAGACUUGAUUGAGUGUGUGUUGUUUAAAGUAUGCCUGUGUAUGUGUGUGUGAGGAGCCUUCAGUUUGGGAUGUUGGAGCUGGGAGGCCGUUCAAAGGAUGCUCAAACAAAGCUGGAUUUUUCCCCCCUCUCUCUCCCCCUGUUUUUUGAAUGGUGAUUGAGGACUGGCUGGAUUCCUUUACUCAUGCUGUUUGGCUCAACUGUGCUUCAGGGGUAGCUGAAGGAUCUCCUGCAUGCAUGGCCAAGGGGCCUUACCUCACCUGUUACCUCACUAGCCUCUGGGCUGAAGGAUUAUGGGUAACCUCAUCAGCAGGCCCAGCUGCCUGGGCCAGAAGUCCAAGCAUGUGAGGUCGGACGAGGCUUUCAUAAAGGAGUGCUACCAACGAAGAAGAGAGUGGCAGCUUCCAGAAAAUCAUGGAGAAGCCAAACAGGAAGUUUCUGUCAAGGACGACCCAAAGGAGGAUGCCAUCACAGAACAAGAUUUGGAGUGUGACAAGGAGUUGGAGGAAAUUGAGCUCAAGAGAGAAGAGGGGACGCAGACUCCUGUUUCAGACACACUCCUACGCAGCUCUCCUGCCUCCACAAUCAGGAGCACCAGUACUCUGGAAAAUGCGUGGCACAACAGCCCUUCUCCCAUAAAAACAUCACGUAAUGGGACACUUACAAGGAGGACAGUGCCACCAGAGUACACCAGAUCCCCCCUGGCUCAUCCAGAGAGGAGUUCUGCAGAGAGGAGGGCCAGUUUCCAGAGAAGAGACUCCAGAGAAGGAAGUCCCUGGUCCUGGAAGACUUUGUCAUCAAGAGAGGUUACAGAGGUGACCGAGGUGACCGAGACGACCGUCACUGAGAUUGUGGAAGUUACUGAAUAUCCGUCAGGACAAGGAGGUGAUCCUGUAGUCACCAGAACCGUUAGAGUCCUGAAUGGUGUCGCCGAGGAACUCGCUGAGCUCCAAAGUGAUGGCCACUCAAGCUCAGACCAGGACUCCAGCCUGGAUAGAUGGAGGGGAACAAGAUCUGCCUUGGCGCUGAGGGAUGCAUCAACAGAUCCUGAGUCAUUUCUCCAAAACCUGGACGCUUUGCUCACAUGGGUCAGCGAGAUUGAGGAGCUCACUGCCAAUCAGAAACCUCCAUCUUCAGAGGUCAAAGUGGUGAAGGCACAGCUUCAAGAACAAAAGCUCUUGCAGCGUCUCCUCACGGACCGAAGGCGUAGUAUGGACUGUAUGAUGCUGGAGGGCCCUCGGCUGGUGGAAGCCCACCCAGGAGAGGAAGGGGAGCAGGCCAAGGUCAAGCUCUCAGCUCUCCAACAGAAGUGGGAGGCCUUAAAGCUGGAGGCAGAGCAAAGGAGAGCCACCCUGGAGCUCAUUCUUCCAAGGGCCCAGCUCUUCCAGGAAGGAGUAGACAGUUUGCAACAAUGGCUCAUGUCUGCAGAGCAGACUCUGGCUGAGCUACGGAACGCAGAGAGAGUAAUGCUGCAUCUCUCAGAGGCAACAGAGAGGGCCAAGGCUGUUGUUCAAGAGAUUCAAGUCAAAACUGCAGAGCUAGGAAAAAUACAAAAUUCAGCGCAUGAUCUCAUGGAAGCAAUCUCAGAGGAGGAAGCUCAGCAGGUGCAGGAGAAGAUAGAUGCUCUGCGUAUCCGUUGCUCUGUGCUGAGUCUGAGCAGUCUGGAUGUGCUGCAGAGACUGGAGCAGGCCCUGGAGGCCUCCAGUCGCUGUACGUCCAGCCAGGAGGACCUCCACUUGUGGCUUGGCCGCAUAGAGAGGGAGCUUCUUGGGGCAGCAGGAGCGCAGACACAUGCUGGAGAUUCAGUGCUAUGUGCAGCUGAGAGGCAGAGGCUGGACCAGGCAGUGAUAAAGGAGAUGGCUUGGUUCAGAAACACAGCGCUGAAUCUGGAGAGGCUGAAAACCAUCAAUCUGAAUCCAGAGUUCAUAGCAGAACAACUUUAUGAGCAGAAGAUUUUGGCAGUGGAGAUUCUGCAGCACAGGUUUAAUAUUGAGAAGAUGGCAAAGAUUGCUGAAAUUUUACUGACAUACAGUGAUGAAGGAGAAACAGGCGAUUUGCGGACACCUAUGGAGGCCUUACAAGAACAAUGCAACACCACCUCAGCCACCAAUUCCCAUGUGGUCCUGCAGCUUGAGCAUGCUCAGUCGCUUCUUCUUCAGUUCUCAGAAGGCUUUGCUGAAGUUUCACCCUGGCUUGAAGAAACCCAAUCCCUAAUUGGCCAGCUCUCCCUGAGCACAAUUAGCUAUGAAGCAUUUCGGGAACAACAGGACCUCUUACAGGGUCUAAGAGAGUCUAUUGCAGAGCACAGACCCUUGAUCUCACGCUUGUGCUCCCUGGCAAAACGCUUGUCAGAACUUAACCCAGUUCAUGGGGAUGAAUUCUGUCGCAAGGCUUCAGAGGCCGAGGAGCAGCACAGAGCCAUCAGAGACCGGGUCAGAGAGACGGCUAAUCUGCUCGAGGAGUCGUUGCCGAGAUUCACACAGCUGAAUGAGAGGAUGACGCUUAUCAGAGAGAGUCUCGACCGACUGCAUAAUCGCAUACAGAGUCCCAGCUCUCUUCAAGGCCUCACUCCGAGGAUCCAGGAGCAGCUGCAGGACAACAAACACACACUGGCUGAGCUGUCCAAGUUAGAGCUGGGCCUCAGCAGUGUCAAGACACAGGCAGAUGAGCUUUUGGCUAACACACAGGCAGCUGGUGAUGCGUCAGUCGGCACAGCAAUCCAGGAGCGAGUGUCCAGCUUGUCCCAGCUGUGGGAUGAGACGCACAUCCAGGCCCAGGAGAGGGAAACCUGGCUGCUGAAACUUUUGGAUCUGGCCUUGAAAUUCUGGAGCGAUGUUAACGAUGUCACAGCUGCUCUCAAUGAUGCUCAGCAGGCAGUGCUGGAUCUCAAUGCAAGCCGCACAGACUCCGAAACCAUCCGCCAGAGCCUUGAAACCAUGCAGACUCUCAGGGAGGACAUUGACAGUUUACAGGGGGAUCUGGACACACUUGGCGUUUUGGGAAUGGAUCUGAUGUCGGCAUGUGGGGAUACAGAUAAACCAGAUGUCACAAAGAGCCUGGAUGAACUCUAUUGCACGUGGAACAACUUGAGCAAACUGUGGAAUGAAUGUCACAAAAAGCUGGAGGAGUCUUUGCAGAUGGCUCUACACUAUCAGGACACCAUGCAGGGUCUUUUUGAGUGGCUUAAAUCAGCUGAGCUGAGGUCUACUGAGGAGUUCAUGGUUGGACCUGAUCUGGAGUCUGUCAAAGAGCAGCUGUGUGAUCUCAAGGAAUUCAAACGAGAACUUUACCAGAAGAAGAUCGAUAUAGAAAGUCAGAACCAUCGCUUUGUGUGCCGGCUGUCUCCAGGCUCGGAGCGUCCAGGCUCUGUCUCACCGCUCUGUGAUUUCAGACAGCGCUGGGAUAGCUUGGAGUCAGAGACUGUCAACAGACAGCAUCAGCUGGAGUGCGCUCUGCUGGGUUUGGGUCAGUUCCAAAACACUCUGGAUGAACUGCACACAUGGCUGUCCAGGACCGCAGAACAACUUCAGGGCAGCCAGCCAAUCAGCAUCGACCUUCAGGCCUGUGAAAUAGAGCUGGCAAAACACAAGGUGCUGCGUAAUGAUGUCAUGUCCCAUGUUCGCACGAUCGAGUCACUGAACACGGCAGGCAGGGGGCUGCUGGAGGUUGGGUCCGGGGACAGCCCGCAUGGUCUGCAGUCUCUGCUGGAGCAACUUAAUGAAAGCUGGGAGUUUGUCCGCUGUGAGACUGAGCGCAGGCAGCUGGAGCUGGAGAACAGACUGAGUCAGGUGCAAGAUGUUACGAUGGAGAUUCAGGAUCUUCUGCAGUGGCUGGAAAACACAGACCUGAGACUGUCCUCUAAAACCAUAUGGAGUAUGCCGGACUCUGCCGCCGAGAGGCUUAGUGCUCAUUUGGAGUUGUGCAAUGAGAUGGAGUCAAAGCACCACGCCUACACAGAUGUGAAGAAUGCCAUCCACAGGAUGCUGGAGAGCAGCAAUGUAGUGCGGGGAUCAAGCACUGAACACAGCCUGUCCAUACUUGAACAGAAAUGGGUGUCUGUUUACAGCAAAGUCCAGGACAGAAAGGCAAAGCUCACAGAAGGACUGAGCCUGGCUAAGGAGUUCCACAGUCACGUGCAGGAACUUCUCACUAAAAUGAACAAGUGUGAAGAGUACAUCGGGCUUCUGCCUGCUGCCAGCUUUGUUCUGGACACAGUCUGUACUCAGCUGCAGGAUCACAGAACCCUGGUGAACGAGGUGAAAGGUUAUGGCGAGAAGAAGAACACAGUGGAGAACACGGCCCGUAGACUGACAGAGCUGAGCAGGAAGGAAGACUGUGAUGUCAUCCAUAACCUGAUCAUGACCGUGCAGGAUCGCUUCAAAAAGUUACAGCAACGUGCUUCAGAAAGAGGGAGGAUGCUGGAGGAGGUUAAAAAGAACGCCAGACAGUUCCUUGAAUCAUGGCGCCUGCUAGUGGACUGGAUGACGGAGGUAGAACAGACAUUGGACACACACAAAGAGAUCGCUGUGUCCCACGAGGAGAUUAAACAACAACUGACUGAGCAAAAGGAGUUCCAGAAACUACUGAGGUCAAAAAGGCCGAUGUAUGAUGCAACAUCAAAGAGUGGACGCACCCUUCAUGAGAGAGCUCAAACCAGCCAUGAUAGACAGCAUCUUGAAAACCUGCUGGCUGAACUCAAAGACACAUGGGACACCAUCAGUGGGAAGUCUAUGGAGAGGCAGCACAAGCUGGAGGAGGCGCUGCUGUUCUCAGGUAGAUUCACUGACGCUCUGCAGGCUCUGAAUGACUGGCUGUACAGAGCAGAGCCCCAACUCGCUGAGGAUGUUCCUGUUGGUGGAGACAAAGACAUGGUGCAUAACCUGAUAGACAAACACAAGGCCUUCCAGAAGGAGUUGGGGAAGAGGGCUGGAUGCAUUAGGACUCUGAAGCGCUCUGUGAGGGAUCUGACCCGGAGCAGCACAGCUGAUGCUCACUGGCUUCAGGAGCAGAUGGAUGAGCUGGAGGGCCGCUGGGAGGCUGUGUGCAAACUGUCGGUCAGCAAGCAGGACAGACUGGAGGCUGCACUUCAGCAGGCUGAAAAGUUCGAUGGCGUUGUGCACUCUUUCAUGGAGCGGCUCACUGAGGCAGAGAGAAUACUGAAGUAUGGAGUCAUACCAGAGGAGGAGGAAAGCUUGCUAGCCUUCCGCAAACAACACAAGGAAUCCAUGAGUGCCUUGCAGGCUCAGGCGGUGGACUUGCAAAACAUCCAGUGUCUAGGUGAGGAGAUCCUGGCCUCCUGUCACCCAGACUCCAUUAUAACCUUAAAGUCUUGGAUCAGUGUCACCAAGACACGCUAUGAGGAGGUUCAAACCUGGGCUCAGCAGCAGGGCCAGAAGAUCCAGACUAGUUUAGCUGCCAUUGAAGCAGAGAAAGAGGAGAUCCAGAGGCUUCUGGACUGGAUCUCAUCAGCAGAGGAGUCCCUCAGCCUUAGAGACCAGGAGCCCCUGGCCGAGACCACAGAGCAGAACCAAGAACUGAUCCAGCAGCACAUUGUGUUCAUGGAGGAGUUAAACAAAAAGUUUCCAGAGGUUGAACAGGCCACCAAGAUCUGCAGACACAAGAGCAUUCCUAAACAUCAAGUUUCCCCCAGCAAACGACCACUCAUGAAGAGGAGGAGCGCUCAGAAGCUUCAGCCUGUCAUACCCAUUCCCCUGGAGCACCUUGACCCCCAGACCCCAGAGCUCAGUCAGCUGGUCCGUCAGUGGCAGAAACUCUGGCUGCUGGCUGUGGCGAGACAAACCCGUCUGGAGCAACACCAGCAGAUGCUCAAAGAGAUGGAAGAGUUUGCAAACUUUGACUUCAAUAUUUGGCGAAAGCGUUACAUGCAGUGGAUCAGUCAUUUGAAGUCACGGAUCCUGGACGUAUUCCGCAGCAUCGAUCGAGACCAGGACGGACGCAUCAGCCAGAAGGAGUUUGUCGAUUAUGUCCUUUGCUCCAAAUUCCCUACCAACUCCCUGGAGAUGAACGCAGUGGCGAACAUCUUUGACAUGAACAGCGACGGCUUCAUCGACUACUACGAGUUUGUGAGCGCGCUUCACCCCAGCAGAGAUCCGUACAGAAGAACACUGGAUGCAGAUCAAAUAAACGAGGAGGUGAGUCGACAGGUGUCACAGUGUAACUGUCCCAAGAGGUUUCAAGUGGAACAAAUAAGUGCCAAUAGAUACAGGUUUGGAGAUUCCCAACAGCUGCGAAUGGUUCGUAUUCUGCGCAGCACGCUGAUGGUCCGAGUUGGCGGAGGCUGGACUGCUUUGGAUGAGUUCCUGGUCAAGAACGAUCCCUGCAGAGUAAAAGGCCGGACCAACCUGAAGAUCAAGGAGAAGUACUUGUCCCCAGCUGGAAGCUCCUCUAAGGGUUUGACUGUCAGCAGGUCAAACUCCAGCCUCAGCCUCUACAGCAGUGCCUCUGCCCCCACCAGCCCCAUGACACGCAAGGCGUUGCUGCGCAGAAGUUUCUCAGGUGACCGCUGCAUCCGUCCCAGGAGCUCCAUUGCUGCUUUGGGCUCUGAUUUACAAUUUGGAACAACAACACCAACAGGGGAGGACAAUUCUCCCUCACCAUCAGAAGAAGCAGAGAGGUUACCCACAUGAUUACCUCUGCCCCUGAGCACCACGUGUAAAUGCUGCAGAGCUGAACCCAAACACAGCCUUGGGGCCCUGAAACAGAGCGAUAAGAAGAAAAAACGUGAUAGAGGGCCAAAUAGGAAUGCUUCAGCCCCAUCUGAAGAGCAGACACUGGAAGAAACGCACAGCAAAGGUCAUCAGAGGUGAUGCUGAAGGGUCCCUUUAAAGGAUCUGUGAAUAAAGUCCUCUCUGUGUGGACAAAGAGGACGUCACUCUGUGCAAGACAAGAUUUUCUUUUUUGCUCCUUGUUGCAUCUCAUACAGAGGUAUCAGAAUGCCAAGAUAGAAUCAAUAAGUUCUGCAUGGAUGCUUAUUGCAUGAGAGACAGAGCCUUGCUUGAAUCAAAUAUUGUUAUUUCCAGCUUUUAUUUGUAUUUGGUUUAAAGAGACAGUGAGACAGUACCAGACCCUGAGAAUCACACUCCACCAUGGGACACAGGAAAAACACUUUAGUACAUGGUGUGUUAAGGUGUCAUGCUGUCUGACUGUCCACAUACCAUCCAAAAAUAACAAACAUAUACCAAAACCAUAAGUAUGUGAAGGUUACAGUUUGCUGUCCUUCAGCUUUGUGAUGUUUUGUUUUUAUGUCAGUCCAUGAAGUUGACAUUGUUGGCAGGGCCACGCUGUUUUUGUUUUUGACCUUUUUUUUGAAUCAAUGAUUUCAAAUUAAUGUGUAUUUUUUUAAGACUGUUCUUUACUGUAAGGAUGUUUUAAACACUGGAGAUUGUGUAACGAGCAAUGCACUAAAGUACGACAAAGUCAUUGUUGAUUUGUAGAGAUUAUUUCUCAGGAUUGGUUGCCUGUGGAUUUAUGUUUUUCUAUGGAACAUUACUGUGAAAAUGUAGUUUCUUUCUUCAUAACACUGUACUUCCUGGGAACGUUUUGUUUAGCACAUUGUUUUCAUUAAAAAUGCACUUUGCUGUGUCCAACUACUGUAGAUAUAUUGUUGUGCUAAGAGGAGAAUUUGGCUGUUGCUAUGAUAUGAAACAGAAAAAAUGACACGGUAACACACUGGAAAUGUUUGGUUAAAUGUUGGAUUCCUUCAGUAAAUCUACUUUUUAGUUUCCUUGUUUCCUUUUUUUCAGCCACUUUAACCAAAAGCAGUAUAUUUUAAGUUUCCUGUGUGUCAGUCUUGCCUCCGUUUUUAUUCUAUUGUCAUUCUUUCAACCGUGUGUAAAGAAACAUGUACAUAUUUUUACAAGGUUUUUUCAUGAUCCUGAUGGUACCUAUAUGCAUACUUUCAGCAAAAAGUCCUGAAGUACAUUUUCCUUAGAGAGAAGCAACUGCAACUCCACCACCAGUCUGCUGUACAGGCUUUAGUGUUGCACUGUGCCUGGCUUCUUCUCUGGUUUCAUUGUAUACUUCUUAAUAAUGUAUUGUAAAAGUACCGUUUUUGUACAUGAACAUUUGUACCAGAUCUACCUGAGAGUGGAGACAGUAGCUGAUGUAACAAGUUGCAUAUUGUCUAUGCAGUUGUCAAAAAGAUUUUUAAAGUUAAAAAAAAUGUUUUUAUGUGAUAAUUACUUUUUCCUCUUGGCCUCUACGUGAUGUUAGGGAAGGUACUUUUUAUUUUGCUCUGAAAAUACAAUGGCUGGAUUUCACUUCUCUUGCUAUGCACCCUGAUCUUUCUGUACUGUAAAUGUUUCUAUACCCAGCACUCUUUCUGAUGUCUAAUUUAGGAAACCUGUAGAUUAAUGUCACUAAUGAUUUUACGUCCACUUGUAUAAAAAUGAAUCUUUUUGUAAUAAAAAACAAAUAUCCAAUGAAA